AAAGUCAAUCCAUUUGGGGGAGGGGAGAUGAUCGUGCUGAUGUGGAAUAAGUGCUCCUGCUGUCUCCUCUUACUAGCCGCGGUCCUGAUCGUGGAGAGCUCCCAGCUAGACAGCUCCAGCUCCAAGGUGAACUCCAUCAAGUCCACCCUGAUGGGGGAGGCUCCAACUCAGGCAACCAACAGAUCUGCAGGCAUCCACCAGGGACUGAUGCUUGCUAGCAGUAAGAAGGGCAAAAUACUAGAGCAGAUGGGGAAACCUCCCAAGCACUAUCACCGGCAAGGAGAGGCCUACCCUUGCACUAAUGACAAGGAAUGCGAAGUUGGACGGUACUGCCAUAGCCCUCACCAAGCCACGUCUGCGUGCACGAUGUGCCGGAGAAAGAAGAAGCGCUGCCACCGGGACGGGAUGUGCUGCCCUGGGAACCGCUGCAACAACGGUAUUUGCAUACCGGUAACUGAAAGCAUCCUUACUCCUCACAUCCCGGCUCUAGAAGGGCCACGCAACAAGAACAGUCAUUAUGCAAGUAAGGAUUUGGGCUGGCACAACCUUGGGAGGCCCCGAUCCAAACUGUCACACAUAAAAGGACAUGAAGGUGAUCCCUGCCUACGGUCAUCAGACUGUAUCGAGGGACACUGCUGUGCUCGCCAUUUCUGGACCAAAAUCUGCAAGCCUGUGUUGCAUCAGGGGGAGGUGUGCACCAAACAGCGCAAGAAGGGGUCCCAUGGACUGGAGAUUUUCCAACGAUGUGACUGUGCCAAGGGUUUGUCUUGUAAAGUAUGGAAAGAUGCGACCUCCUCUUCUAAAUCAAGACUUCAUGUGUGCCAGAAGAUCUGAAUGAGGAUUGGGAAGAUAGUAUUAAAUGACUGUGGCUUUAUGUGUUUAAUGCAUUAUGGCAUGGUGGAAAAAGGGGACUGCAAAUGAAAGUGGAAUGACUAAAGUAACAGUUAGAGUAUGAGUAGAAAUCACACCAAAUGCAUUUCUUUUUGAGCUAGUGGUAAACACAAGUGUAGCUGGAGUUCACCUACUGCACAGUUCUCCUGUAAAUAAUUCUACAGUUUGUGGGAAAUGCUAGUACGCAAAUAAGUAGAGUGGAAAUGAAUGCCACUUACCUUGCUGUGUUGUCCCAUGAUGUUUCAGGGGUUCAGUGUUAGAGCUACAGUGAGUCUCCAGUGUGGUAAGGAUUUUCUAUGGAAAUUGUAUACGUUGUACUCCUAUAGGAAGCAGUGCAUGCCAGGAAGACUCAUCUGUCAACAUAUUAUUGGCCACAUUGCAGGUGUGAGAAAUGGAAAUAAAGUUACUGUGAAUGUUCACAUGCGCUGGUUAUUCAGGGCUGACACUUCAGCAAGGAAGCACUCCUGCAGGACAAGAGUGCUGUGUUUUGCAGGCCCUUAUGAAGAAGGUAAAAACUGACCGUCUCAAAAUCUCAAGAGAACAGCAGUUUAUCUAAGAGGAGGCAUUUAGGCAGGGUUUUGUUUCAUAUACAUGGGUAAAUUGAAAUGCUUUAUGUAGUUCAAUGUCAUAGUAAGGCACUUAAUCACUUGUAUUUCCCUCAGUUUACUGCUAAUAUACAUUGGGUUGAACAGAUGAAGCAAAUAAGUGUGCAUGCUGAAUCCAUUAGUUCUAAAUAUACUUUCAUUGCCUAAGCAUUCUUGCAUUAUAGACAUUUCCAAAAGAAGUAUCAGUGUUGAAGUGCUUAACAUGAAGAGCUUCAAAGUUGUUUCUCUGUUGCUGUUAUAAUACAAUAUAUAUAACACCUCAACAUUUGUUAAGCAUACUGCUACACACUCAGAUUUUUACAUUUUAUGGCACUCUGCAGCAAGAUAACAGAUUUGUUCUCAAGACAGCAAAGAAAGAGGAGUUGCAGAAUAGGAUGUAAGAAGAUGGCAUGACCACAAAUGACUUGUUAAACAUCAUGUGAUGUCACAGCAUACCAGCCUCCAGCAUGCAUUCAUCCUGAAACUGAUGUCCUCUCCCUCUGGAAUGUUCUGCCAGGAAUGACAGAAAUAUACAGACUGUGGAAACAGCUGCCAACCCUACACUGUUUGUGUACUGGUUAGAAAAAGGACAACCUCUGUCCCUUGACUUGUCUCCCAGGUCUUUACAAAUUUUUAAAAUUUUACUUAUUGCAAAUAUUCCUUUGUAUAAACUUUGGUAAAGAGACUGAUAUUACUUUAAAGAAGUCUGAUUCUAUAAUUGACCUACUGCUAAGUUGUAAUUGCCCAUUUAUAAUUACCCAUUUUCAUGCUCUGUAAUACAAUAGACUUUUCUGUUUAUUCAGUUCUGCACAACAUGGGUAGGCCACUAUGUAUUUUACCACAUCACCAUUACCUUUUUCCACCAGUGGGAUGCUUUAAAGCUUUAAUACUUGACUCAGCCUGCCUAAUUAGAACACAGACCUCAGCUUCAUUGCCCUUACUUUCAUAAGAGUCUGAUGCAGAAGAGAAUUUCACACACCUCUUUCCCUACUGGAAAACAGCUCUUCUUACUACAGCAUUUUCCAAUGUCUCUGGAACAGGAGUAAGGCUCAGAAAUUUCAAUAUUAUAAUAUUAAAUAUUAUAAAAGUCGAGGAACCAAUUUUGCAAGUUUUAUUUACUCAGAAGAAGAACUCAAUUGCUCUCAUUGUCACUACAUAUAAAAGAAAAUGAUAACCUAGCAUGAGCAGAGGGGUUGCAGAAAUGGGGUCCCAGCAUUUUUUAGCUCUUCUUAUUGGCCUACCUGCCAUUUUGCUCUUGCAAAACACAGUUAUUUGGGAUAAUUUAUUUACAGGAAAUGUUUAAUGAGAUGUAUUUUCUUAUAGAGAUAUUUCUUACACAAAGCUUUGUAGCAAAAUAUAUUUGCAGCCAGUUGACUUUAAUGUAGAAAAUGUAUAAUAAGAUUAUAUACAUUAAACUUCCUUUCACAUUCCUCCCCAAAUAUUUUACCCAUAUUCUUUUUCUUACCUGCUGCUUAAGAAGAUUAGUUCUUUACAGAAAGACAUGCAAACCUAUUGGAAAAAAAUCUUUUAUCUGUGCAAGUAAAAACAUCUGAUUGUAUUUGUGCCUGUGUGUAGGUUGAAUUUUGGUAAAAAACAUGAAGGUCAUCUUAAAAUCUCCAUACAUAGUUUCUACAAAACUUGUUUAGGUGACAACUACCUGUAUGCUUCUCCUGGGUUGGUUUACACCUAAACACUCAAGAAUACAUUUUGAAAAUAAUGCACCUGGUUGUGUAAUGUAAAAUCAACCAGGUUAAGUAGGAAAGGUAUCCAGACGCAUUUCCUGGAUAGUGAUACAUACCAGAGGGACUCAUGAUGGAUAAAGCUGGUAUUCAAAUUACACAGUAUUUUUUUAGAGGCUACAGCAUACAAAUGCACUCCUGCAAAAUCUAUAACUAGGAAUUCUGAAAUGGCAACUUACAGCAUUCAGCUCUAAUAACAUAAAACAAUUCAUGCGACACAAAUGAGAAUAGUGUAAGUAAAACCAGCCAAGUUUUGAGCCCAGGAAAACUCCUGCAGAGCACAAGAAAUAUUGCAAAAUAAUGGCUGUGGUUAUUGAGCAAUGGUCUUGAUACCCCUGUUAGUUUUUUCUGGUAACCCUUUGCUCCAACAGAUGUACAUUUGGGGGAUGGAGUGGGCUGCAAAUCACAUAAGUGAUUGUAUAAAAUGAAAAAGGUUUAGCUAUUGUCAUUUGCAGUAUUGGGUUGGUAGGCCCUUUGAAAAUUCAAACACUUUUAACAUCAACAUAAUGAAUUUGUGAGCAUUUUCAGAGCCCAAUGACUUCAACAGAGACUGCCAAAGCCUUCAGAGAUUUAAUCUGGGAACAAAAACAAUAGGCACAGGCAGUUCCUUGCACACCACAAAUACUGAACCACAUAGCUGAACGGAGUAGCAUGCAAAUAGUUUCGUAAGACUGAACUUUGGUUGCUUAGAAGACAGUCAGUCAAUGUUUUGCGGAAAUAUACAUCAGUUUGGGAAUAAAAGCUAAAUUUGGGGAUAAUUGCUCUCACUCACUGUGUCACUCAUCACGGGAAUUAAGAAUGAGUUUGGUUCUCUAAUGUUUCAGAAAUCGGCUGUCAUGACACAAGUACACAAGAUGUUAUUGCUGAACAAUUCAAAUAAUUUUCCUAUUAACCUAGAAUAGCCUCAGCAAUGCAACAUCUCUUUGGAAAUACUUAUUAACUUUCCUAAAAAUAAUGGAUUUUUACUUUAUAACUACAUAUAUCUGAUUUACAGUAUAAAUGUGGGUGUGUAUCUAUUACUGUACUAUUUGCUUUGUCUCAUGUUGUUUGUAACCUAUAGUAUUUAUGAUUUUAAACACUUUUUAAAAUGAAAACAAUUCCAAUAGAUUUGCCUGCUUCUAUAUCAACACUUCGAACAGCAUACAUCCAGCAUCUGACACCUAAACCAGAAUUCGCUGAAAUUUAAGCCAUCUUCUGCGUAUUCUGACUUUCCAGCUCAUUGUUUCAGCAAAAAAGCCCUCCCCAAAAACCAUAAACAUCUUGGGCAGAAGCUGAGAAUAGACAUUCCUAAACUAUUCCUUGUCACCAGCCCUCUCUGCUUUCACUUUUGAGCUCUGCAUCAUCACCCCCACUAGCAAAAGUAAGUGCUGUCAAAGAAAAUUUGUAUUUUUCAUCCCUUCCAGUUUGCUUUCGUUCUAGGAAAGCCAUGUAAGAAAGAGAUUCUGAAGGUGAAAACCAGCAGAAACUCGUAUAUAUAACAGUGGCUCUAAACUCGGGGUAUUAGGAGUUUUGAGAUCUAUACUCUAGCUUUCAAAAAUUUACUUGCUAGGAGAAUUAUAUAAUACCAAGACCACGUUUAUAAAAAAUAAAGAAACCUUGUUCUUUGGAUUUCUGUCACAUGUUCUGAAAAUAACUGCCUACACUGGGGGAGAAAAACCAAACACUUCCUCCUCACCCAGGCAACCUUACCUGCAGUCCCUGACAAAGGGAAAGCAGUUGUUUUAGAUUUCUUUUGCUAUGGGCGCACUGUACACAAAGGAAUCAUUAAUUUUGUUUUUAAAUCACUCUAAUAAUAAAGUUAUGGUUUCUUACCUUGCUCA